AUGAAACUCAACAAUUUGCUUACAUACUUACUGCAGGCCUGUAAAUACAUUACAGAUACCUCGCAGCGUGACAAGGAAGCAGAACAUGGCUAUGCAUCAGUGUUACCCUUCGAUAGUGACUAUUCCAGAAAGAAAACAAAGGCAGGCACCAUGGCCAGAAAAUCCCAGAAUAACAGGUCAUCACACAAUGAACUAGAAAAACAUAGGCGGGCUAAACUCCGGCUAUAUUUGGAACAGCUAAAACAGCUUGUGCCUCUCGGGCCGGACAGCACCAGACACACCACUCUAAGUCUGUUGAAAAGAGCUAAGAUGCAUAUCAAGAAAUUGGAAGAACAGGACCGAAAAGCUCUAAAUAUUAAAGAACAAUUACAGCGGGAACACCGCUACCUCAAACGCAGAUUGGAGCAGCUAUCCGUGCAGGGCAUGGAGCGUAUCCGCACUGACAGUAUGGGAUCAACAAUAUCCACUGACUCUGAACAAGAAGUAGACAUUGAAGGAAUGGAGUUUACUCCAGGUGAAAUGGACAGUAUUGGAAGUGCCAGUGAUGCUGAAGACCACUACAGUUUGCAAAGCGGUUCGAGUGACGGAGGUUACACACAUUCCCGCAGACUGAAUGCCAGGCUCUCAUAGUGCCUGAGUUACUCGUUCAACUCAGGACCAUCUGACUGAAGCACUUAUAUAUGAAUAUUCCAGAGGUGUCAACUGCCACUCUUCCGGGAAACCCCAACCACAGUACUCUGAGAUGGAGGUUUCUUACCCACGGUUCCCUGCACUGUAACCACAAUAUUAGAUAUUGUAAAUCAUGGGUUUGCUGCAGAGAACUGUGGUUAGGUACAGUUGUGACUUAAAGCUAGCUUGAUGUAGCCAUACUGCAAAUUAAAGAAAAUAAAUUAUGUCAUUCCAUUCAAGAAGUAUUAAAUUCAAACUGUUGGAAGCAUGGCGUAAGGGAGUUUGACAGUUAUUUUGAUUUUGCAGAAACCAUUUUCAAACAUGGAAGAAUAAAUGGAAUCUACAAUGUGUUAGUGAUUCGGAGAUAUGAAAACCUAAAACUACUUUUUGUGGUAUUUUCUCAUGAAAAAAACCCAAAACAUAUUGAACGCUGUAUAGCGGGCUGCGUAGAAUAAAUUCUUUCAGCAGUUGUUGUUUGGGUGAAGCAGGCAGAUAAAUCUUGAAAUCUCAGAUGAUCUUUAGAAAAGGUCGUAUUUACAAGUCACUACUGUACUUCAAAACGGGGGAAAAGCCAGCUCUAAUAAUGACUUCAUGUGGGAUGAUCUCGACUUUCUUUUACUUUUUUGUAUUCAAUAUGCAACCAGCAGCAAAUCAUUCUAUCCAUGUUAACGGGAGUAGUAGAAAGCAACACUGCAAUUUUAACCUGUUAUCGUGGAGUGGAUGACAUUUGAAGCAUUUCAGUGCUUUUUCGGCUUGUUUUUUUCAUUUCUUUCUCUGAAGAAUACAGAACUCAAGCGAUCCAGUUUGUGACAGUUAAUCUUUCCUUGCAAGGAAAUGAAAUCUCUGUUUGCUUGUAUUUUUUUUUCUUUUCUUCUAUUUACACAUGUCAAUACAUUUUUAUGGAAGGCAUGGCUUAAAAUUACAGUAUUCAGCUAGAAGAUAAUUAAUCUUUUUUUUCUUUUGCACACUAUAAUUGCAUUUUCUAUUCUUAAAAAAGUGCAAAAAAUUUAAAAUGUAUGCUGUAAAACAGCAAAGUUUAUUUAGUACUCAUCAAGCUGUUCAGAACAUAUUUACCCAAAUUGUAGCAAUACUAUGAAGAUGUAUUUUAAUACAACUUCUGCUUAGUGAAGUCAUUAGAGCUUGGCUUGCCGGGUAAGAAAAAAAUGGACCAGUCUUUGCAUUAUCUGUUUCAAGAAGGUCUUUUAAAAAAAAAAAAAGAAGAAAAAAAAAAGAAAAAAAAAGCAGAAAAAAAAAAGAAAAAA